UUUCCCCCUCUUUUAAAUAAAUACCACUUAUUUCCUGGCCCGGCCCCCCUACCAUCAGCAACCAUUCGGCCCUCUCUUGCCACAGCGGUCCUGCCAUCCAGGCCCCGCUCCCAACAGGCGCCCAGUAUGGCGCCCCAGGGGCGGGAGCACCUGGUGGCCCGGGAGCAGCAGCAGGGUGCGCGAAGACGAAGCCCUCAUCUUCGUCACACACUUAGCCCCGAAAACCUGAGGAGCCUAGCCGAGCGUGGUACCGAAACGUCUGGACUUACUCGAGCUAACAGUGACACUGACUUGGUCAGUUCUCAGAGUCGCUCCUCCCUCACGGCCUCUACCCUGGAGUUCACCCUCGGGCGUGGACAGAACCUGGUCAUCUCAUGGGACAUCAAGGAGGAGGUCGAUUCUACUGACUGGAUCGGCCUCUAUCACAUAGAUGAGACUUGUCCAUCAAACGUGUGGGACUGCAAGAAUCGUGGUGUGAACGGGACACAGUGUGGUCAGAUCGUCUGGAGGCUAGAGGCUGGUCCAUACUUUCUGGAUGCUGAGACCAGAAUCUGCUUCAAGUACUAUCACGGCUUGACCGGCGCCUUGAGAGCCACAACGCCGUGCAUCACUGUAAAGAAUCCUCGAUAUUCGGCCGACAGCCAAGGCGAAGGACAGCUGACUUCAGACUCGAGCCGAAAACUGGUCAGCUUCACCCUUUCAGAUAUCCGAGCCAUGGGACUGAAGAAAGGCAUGUUUUUUAAUCCUGACCCCUAUUUAAAGAUGAGCAUUCAUCCAGGCAAAAGGAGUGGCUUUCCCACCUUCUCCCACCACGGCCAAGAAAGAAGAUCUGGAAUUACAACCAAUACUACGAACCCUGUGUGGCAUGGAGAGAGACACACAUUCGUAGCCCUGAUAACUGAUGUCCUCGUAAUCGAGGUAAAGGACAAGUUUGCGAAAAGUCGGCCAAUCAUUAAACGCUUCUUGGGUCAGCUGAACAUUCCUGUUCAGAGGCUUCUGGACAGACACGCAUCAGGGAACCAAUCCUCAAGCUUCUCGUUGUGCCGCCGCUUGCCUACUGAUAAUGUAAGUGGUCAGCUUCAGUUUAAAGUGGAUAUCACCUCGACUAACCAGGACGAUGUCACCCCUGAGUCAAUCCUCGGGGCAGCAGCCCAAAUUGGGCCCCCCGGCACCCCUUCAGAUGAUGAAGACUUGCCCCAUGCACUACCUCUCUCUUCCGCUAUUCUGUACCCUGUACGUUCGCAAAGUUUCCGGCGAACCGAUGAAGGAGGUUGUGCUCUAUCAUCUGAUGCUGAGAUUUGUUCAGGUGCUUUGGAUGAAGAAGCUCUACCAUCCCUUAGCAUACUCCAGAGAACCUUCAGUGAGCAGCUAGAUGCCAUUGAGGCUCCCAAAGGACCAGGGGAGCGUCCGAUGUGUGCAGCGUCUCCAAAGCUGAGCUCCAGCUUCCCCACGCAUACCCGCCUCAGCGAUAUGCUUCACAUCGACUCGGACGAGGAUGAGGAGAGGUCUGCUGGUAUCGAUCCCAUGCCGGGUGCUGUGAACGGUCUUACCAGGUGUCCAGUAAUGCUCCAUAAACCUCCGGAGGACUCGGAGGAACUCAGGGAGCCUGUUGAAGAAGUUGGGCUAGAGUCAGAGGUGGAGACACUGAGUUUAGGAACUGGGGUGGCUCUGGAGCCGGAGGUUCCGCCCAGUUCUGUGGCUCCUCAAAUAGAGACAGCAAGUCUGAUGGAGAGACAGGACGAAGGAGAGGGUGAAGAAGAAGGAAUGGGGCCUAGUGAAGAGUUGGCCACAGAGGUGGAUAUCUCCUCCAUGGCAUCGGAUUGUGGCCCAAUGCCUCUGUCGGCCGCUCAGGAAUCAGAUCAAGUUGCAGAGAUGGCUAUUGAUCCAGGGGGAGAGGAUCUCUCAGAUGACCCACCCACCACCUAUGAAGUCAUUGAUGCUGUAUGUGAACCUCCUCCGAGCGAUGACUUCGAACUACACACACCGCCUUCAGAGUUACUGGCCAACGAGGAGGAUGACGACGUGGAGGAGGACACAAUGUCCCGGAGGUGGAGUCUGGAGGCAACUGCAGGUGUGUCGCAGGAGGAGGACGAGGAGGAGGAGUUAAUUCAUUCAGGAGAAGGGGGUUCGGUGGACUCGGAGACGUUCGCUACAGACACGAACACGGAUCCAGGUCCCACUCAGCUAAACGGACAUCAGCAGGUUCAUUCACUUCCUUCUGUUAGACAAGACAUCCAUCGGUACCAGCGUGUGGAUGAGCCGCUUCCACCCAACUGGGAGGCUCGGAUCGACAGUCACGGUCGCAUCUUCUUCGUGGAUCAUGUGAACCGGACCACUACGUGGCAGAGACCUACAGGCCCUCCUGCUCCUCAGGGCUUAACCCGGUCCAGCUCCAUCCAGCAGAUGGAGCAGCUCAAUCGCAGGUACCAGAGCAUCCAUAGAACCAUGACCAGCGAGAGGAGCUCAGAGGAACAAAGUGCAGACUUCCCUCCUCCUGAUGACCUGGAAGUGCUGUCCCAAUCCAUCUCUGACUACCGUAGAGACGGUGCUUUGGCUCAGACCAGCUCUCACUCCCGUCUUUCCCUGCUGCUUCAAUCUCCUGGAGCCAAGUUCCUCUCCAGUCCUGACUUCUUCACUGUGCUGCAUUCCAACCCUAGUGCCUAUCGCAUGUUUACAAGCAACACUUGCCUGAAGCACAUGAUCAGCAGAAUCCGGCGCGACGUGCAGCACUUCGAACGCUACCAGCACAACCGAGACCUGGUCAACUUCCUCAACUUGUUUACCAACAAGCAGCUCGAGCUGCCACGCGGUUGGGAGAUGAAACAUGACCAUGCUGGCAAGCUCUUCUUCGUGGAUCAUAACUGUCGUGCUACGACAUUUAUUGACCCCCGGCUGCCCCUGCAAAGCUCGCGCUCCAGCGGCCUCUUGGCACAUCGACAGCAUCUGAGCCGCCAGAGGAGCCACAGCGCUGGAGAGGUCCAGGUGGCAGAUGACUCGCGCUCCCCAAGCCCGCCCAUGCAAGCCCGACCCUCGAGCACUUUUACCAGCUCUAGUCGCAAUCAGUACCAAGACCUGGUACCUAUGGCUUACAAUGAGAAAAUCGUUGCGUUCCUGCGACAACCGAACAUCUUAGAGAUCCUUCAGGAGAGGCAACCGGAGCUUGUGAGAAACCAUUCCCUCAGAGAGAAAGUCCAGUUUAUUCGGAACGAAGGCGCGUCCGGAUUAGCUCGGCUCUCUAGCGACGCCGAUCUUGUGAUGCUGCUCAGUCUUUUCGAAGAGGAAGUGAUGUCGUACGUGCCGCCCCACGCCUUACUCCAUGCCAGCUACUGUCAUGCGUCCCCACAAAGCUCCCUGGUGAGAGGAACUCCUCGGGCAAAUGCUCGCGCCCCUGCACCUUACAAACGUGAUUUCGAGGCUAAACUACGAAAUUUCUACCGCAAACUGGAGACUAAGGGUUACGGACAGGGCCCUGGAAAAGUGAAAUUGAUCAUCCGCAGAGAUCAUCUCCUGGAAGAUGCCUUUAACCAGAUCAUGUGCUACUCACGUAAGGAUCUGCAGAGAAGCAAACUGUACGUCAGCUUCGUAGGGGAGGAGGGAUUGGACUACAGCGGCCCGUCAAGGGAGUUCUUCUUCCUGGUGUCCCGUGAGCUCUUUAACCCAUAUUACGGACUCUUCGAAUACUCAGCUAAUGACACCUACACUGUGCAGAUCAGCCCAAUGUCGGCCUUUGUGGAUAACCACCAUGAAUGGUUCCGGUUCAGUGGGCGAAUUUUGGGCCUCGCUCUGAUUCACCAGUACCUCCUGGAUGCCUUCUUCACACGGCCAUUCUACAAAGGCCUUCUGCGCAUACCAUGCGAUUUGAGCGACUUGGAGUUUCUGGAUGAGGAGUUCCAUCAGAGCCUGCAAUGGAUGAAAGACAAUGACAUUGAGAGCAUGCUGGAUCUUACCUUCACUGUCAAUGAGGAGGUGUUCGGACAGAUUACAGAGCGCGAGCUGAAGCCUGGAGGAGCCGGCGUCCCAGUGUGUGAAAAAAACAAGAAGGAGUACAUCGAGCGCAUGGUGAAGUGGCGUAUCGAGAGAGGUGUGGCGCAGCAGACUGAGAGCCUGGUGCGAGGCUUCUACGAGGUCGUGGACGUGCGGCUGGUCUCUGUCUUUGAUGCUCGUGAGCUGGAGCUUGUCAUCGCUGGGACUGCAGAAAUCGACCUGGCUGACUGGAGAAACAACACAGAGUAUCGAGGAGGUUAUCACGAUGGACACGUCGUGAUCCGAUGGUUCUGGGUGGCGGUCGAGCGUUUCAACAACGAGCAGAGACUGAGGCUUCUUCAGUUUGUCACAGGCACUUCGAGCGUUCCCUAUGAAGGCUUCGCCUCUCUUCGGGGGAGCAACGGGCCACGGCGUUUCUGCGUCGAAAAAUGGGGCAAAGUUACCUCCCUUCCAAGGGCUCACACCUGCUUUAACCGCCUGGAUCUUCCCCCAUACCACUCCUUCUCCAUGCUUUAUGAGAAGGUGCUCACUGCUGUGGAGGAAACGAGCACGUUUGGCCUGGAGUGAGGCUCUUACACAGCCUUUCCUCACCAACCGGUGAUCGUGUUCUAGAAAACUGGAAACCUUUUUUGCCUUUUAUUCUGUACCCCAGUGCUCAUCUCCUGUCUCGGUAAUGGCCUUGUUUCCUGGACCCCUUUUUGUUCCUCUGAUCCUCUUAACCAGGUUAAUGUGACUACAGCAUGACGGCUCUUUCUGGGACCUAUUCCCUUCUGGGUCUUCACAAACACACACACACACACACACACACACACACACACACACACAUUGUGAACGCAUUAGAUACUGAGCAGGAACAUGAAGUCUUAAACACAGAAAGUCUUUCUUACAACACAAAACACAGCAUACUAACAUUUACAGUUUACAGGAAUUAACAGUUACACCUCGACCCAUGCGCAUGUACAGUACAGUAUUUUCACCCUCGGCAGGUCUUUCAGCACCAUCGUUAGUUUCGAGCUAGUUCCUCAUCCAAACGGACGAGAGAUGAACGUGCUUUUGUGGAAUCUGUGCGAUAUUUACUUACGGACAUUCUAGACAGGUUUCCAGCUGAAGCAAUACAAAACCCUUCAGUUACCCGGUGCUUUGCAUAAUGAAAAACAAAAAUUUUUUUUGUGGAUUUUGCCGAAUACCACCCACUCACCCCUCGUCGGCUUUUAGGCCAUUUGAUCGAACGCUUCUUUGAACGAGCCAGACACCGAAUUUCAAGAACUUUACUACAGGUUAUUACACUUAUCUUGUAAGACAUAACGACUUUAGGGGACGUGGGACGUGAGGAAUUCCCAUAAAGACGUCUCAGACAGCUUCAAACCGCUCUGGCUACCUUGAUGCCGUGUUUCUUGGAGUUGAUUAAUGUUUCUUCUGCGCUGCUUGGCAAAUAUUUGUGGACACCUGACACCUUGGGGUUGAAAAUCCCAUUCCAGAUUUGUGUUCUUUUCUUCUGGGACGGUAUCCUCUAGAUUCCGGGGUGUGGGUGGUGGCGGUAUACGAGGUGGUAUCUUCAAGAAAGUACUCCAUUUAUCUACCUUUACACACUAUCACCUUCAAAAUGGUCCCCUUGCACAGCAAUACAGCGUUCCCCGUGUUCCUGCCACGUGUCCUGGAAGCACCUUGCGCUGGAUUUUGGCAACGGUGUCAAAACAGUGAUAUUUAAGCUGGACCUUGAUCUUUGGGAAGAGGAGCCAAAUAUGGCGUGAAGGGUGGGUGCUGAGGUGAGAUCGUGUCGAUUGUUCUCUGAUGAUCAUCAUGCACAAGUUGCUGAACGGUUUCGACAUUUUCAGGGGUUGAGCUCGUUCCUGAUCUCUCGUUAUCUCCGGUGAUGUUUCUUUGCUCUUGAAGUCACUCAAAACACCUCGAACGGCUCAUUAAGGCAUUGCCGGAUGUCAAACGCAUGUCUUGUCAAACAUCUCCGUGUGAUCUGCAUAGGUUCACGUCGAAUUUCACGAUUUCUUUUUGUUCUAACUCUCUGUCCAUGGUGAAAUCACAGACGUGGUAAUGCACGUUAUCAGAAUAACACCAUGAGCACCAUUAGUCUAGAAACGGUUUGAUACCAGCAUAUUUGAGGAGGUCUGGGGUUCGGUCAGUGUUCCAGUUCAUCUCAGGUCAGGGUUCUGUGCAGGAAACUUGAGUACCUUCAGCCAAACUCAACACCAAGUUUUCACUAAGCUGGCUUUGUUCACAUGGGCAUCGUAAUGCUGGCACUCCUAUUUUCGGCUUCGAGUUUUGCAACAACCGUUUGAAGAAGAACCGAAAAUGGUCAGGUGUCCACAAAUAUUUGGCGUAUUGUGUACCUAAAGGAAAACUCCACCCCGAACGUUCAAUUUCCUUCUAUUGACUCAUUAUGGCUUCACCACUUCUACAUACGAGCAAGGGAGACAUCGGUGUAGACACUGGACUAUCAGAUAGCAUUGUUAGGCCAUCAGAAGUUCAACUUGGCUCAAUCGUGAUCUAUAAGACGACGAGUUUAAUGCCAUCGAUGGUGGGAUCACGGUUGAAAGUUUGAAAGCUGACCCUGGAGAGGUUAAAUAUGAGGGCAUCACUUUCAAAAAUGUGAUUGAAAAGCAUUUAUUAGAAAAGUUUUUUUUUUAUUAUUAUCACGAUUUAAUUUCCUCAUGAUCUCGACAUUGUUUUCUCGUGAUCUCAUCAUGGAUGGACGCAUUUCACUUUGAUCAGGGAUUUACACAUAAUAUAACAACAACAACAACAACAACAAUAUAGCAUCCCUGAACCUGCAUUUCAGAUGAAGUCAAGAUCAAGAGAAAAUCGAAUCAUGAUAACUAGAAAACAACUUUGAUGUUAGUUGGAGAUCAUGUUUAAAUUAAGUCUUAAAAACGAAAUGAUAACAAGCAAACAAGAAAGAAAGAAAUGGCUUAAUCGAUGGCUUCUUAGGACUUAAUACAAGUUAUUCAGGGUUGGAUUUUUGUCCUUCGGCGGCACCACAUCGAAACUCAUAGCAGCCGAGUUUGUGUUUUAUCGUCAAACCGAGAAUCGUCCCUGCUCGUUGUUUCUCCGUAAUCAGAUCAUAUAUUGUGACGUUUUUUUCCACACAUUCAGACCAUUUAAAAUGAUUGUAUUUAAAUGUGGCACAGAUCCCAUGCUACAGUAUAUCUAAUACACCCUCAGACAGGCUAAUACUUUCCUGAUAUAUUGUUUUUUCACAUCGUAAUGCUCAAACUGCAUGUCACUGUGUCUCCUGGGCCACUUUUGACGUCACGUUCAUUGUCUCCACCACGAUAUUAAUGACGGCGUCUUAAUAACCGUACAUUGUUCAUCCGUCGUUCGGGGUUUCGGAGAGGAGGAACGCGGCAUUGUUCGAGAGGCCUUUGGAUGAUGUCGAAGGGACUUUGUACUUUUCCACAUAACUUGCAUCUCCAACUGGAUGUAGAGGAGGAAGGUUCUGGAAGGCAUUUAUUGAAGUAUGUUGAAUGUCAAAAGUUGGACCAAAUGAUUUGGUGAUAAUUAGGGAAUUUCAAUGGUUAUUAACAUGUCAUACGUUAAUCAGCCGUAACAUCACCAUCGUUUCGUUUCCGAAAAUUCAUGCUUCAUCACUAAGGGCGAAUGAAAUCUUUCAAAAGUAAUUACAUGACCAUUUUAUUGUAUUCGAAGUGUUCAGUGGAGCAUGUUGACUCACAUAUCAUCUGGGUCAUUUGAACAAUGUUUUUCUUUAGGCACAAUGACAGAUUUUUUCCCCCCAAUCAUGCGGAGGCCUGUGAAAUCCCCAGACGUCAGAAUCUCAAUGUUGAAAACGACGUGCACGAAAGGAAAUUCCCUCACGGACCACUCCGACCGAUUCCCCUCAGUCCACACGUGCAUCUUUCUAUGUACACAACACGAUUUAUAAUUCGUCUCCGAAUCCUCCGUGCUCUUUUGUUUUCUCUGUAUAAACCGAAUUUCUAGUUCAAACUUAUGCAUGCAGGGUCAGAAAAUGCAGUACCUGAGUUUGACCCUUAGGUGUCAUAGCUUGUUAUUGCAUGCUGGAAGUAGCGACCACAUGCCGGUCCUGAUUAGUUUUACUUGCAUGAGGAGUUGCUGUUACCAACCGAUGGGGUUAAAGAAGAAAAAAAACAAACGACAAAAUCGUUUUCACCUGUUUCGAUUUACAGAUGUUAUAGACGUUCUUGUCCAUGAACUUCUGUAGCACCUGCUGACAGACGUGUUGUUGAGACCAUGACCAUGCAUGUUGUUCACAAUCAUGUCCAUGUCUGUAUAUAGUUGUAUUAUAUGGAUGCCUGUCUUGUUUCAAAAUAUAUUUUGCACUGAAUGU